AUCAAGACCACGCUAUGUCUCCAGACCCAAGCGCGGCCUACAGUCUAGGCGGGCAGACGAUUGAAAAGGCUCAGGAAGGUCAAGAUAUGUGCGCAAAUCUGUAAUCAAGGCCACAUCGGCUGGGGAAUACGCAACCAGGCCGCCGCCGCUUCAUCUCCACCGCCAACAGCAUUGAGGCGUGUCAGCAUGGAAACAACACCCAUCCCCCGAACAGCGCUCAGGCCGAUAAGCGUCAAGACGACGCUCCCCGCGCUCCCGUACCCGCCGCUCGCGUCCCGGCCCGUCAUCAAGACGGCGCGCCUGCUCAUCCGGCCCUUUACGGCGACGGACCUCGACGCCCUGCACACGCUCCGCACGCAGCCCGAGGUGAUGGCGUGGAUGCCCCUCGGCCAGGUCGACGGGGACCUCGAAAAGACCAAGGCCGUGCUCGCGGCUAAGCUCCUCCACGACGACAGAAACUACAGCUUCGCCAUCUGCCUGGCGGCGCCCUCCUCCACGGGCGAGGAGGAGGAGGAGCAUGAGCUCAUCGGUACCGGCGGCUGCCACUCCCGCGGCGGGGGCAUGCUCGGCUGGCCGGAGGUUGGGUACAUGCUGCGGCGGGAGCACUGGGGCCGCGGUUACGGGACGGAGUUCCUGGAGGGCUUCAUGGAGGCGUGGUGGGCGCUGCCGCGGUGUGAAGUCGCUGCGCUCACUGUGGAUGCGAGUACCGUCGCUGAGGAUGAGCUGCUCGCGGCGGACGACGCCGCCGCCGCCGCCGCCGCUGCUGCUACUACUGCCGAUGACGAUGGCGAUGACAAGGAGGACACGGCGGCAGCAGCGGCAGUGACGGCGGUGGAGUGCAUCUCGUCUUUUACGCGCGAGGACAACCGGGCGAGCCGUCGGGUGAUGACCAAGGCGGGCAUGAGCCUCGUCAAGAUCUGGGAGGUGGUGGACAUGCGCGAUGGGAAGACGCCGAUUGACUUGUACGGCUACGUUGCGCGGAGGCCCGUCGCCGCCGCCUCCCGCCCAUCUGACUGACUGACUGACUGACUGACUGACUGCUUGAUGAGCCGCGAUGACGGACAUUUGUGCUGUGGCUGAAGUGCUCCUGCUUUGCUCCUCGUGUCUUUUUUUUUUCUCUCGGCUCUAUUCGGUAAGCUUCUUUGCUAGGCUCUCGGGAGGGCUUCACUCACGCAGGAACUGUCUACUCGCUGUGUGAGGAAGUGCUCUCAUGAACCCGGUGAGUGUUGUCCGUUAACAGUCCGGCAGGGUCUUGGUGACCACCUUGACAUACAUGUAUGUACAUUGUGUGCGUUCGAGUCCGGGUUGCACUACGCAAAUGCUUUUGUAUCUGCUUGUGAAGAUAUAUACCUUUUAUAUUAUUGUAUUCGCUGC